AUGUCAAGAGGGUUAAAUGCCUUCACUUGGCCCAAAGGGCUGGAGGAGAUCAAACACUACCGAGAUCCGGAGCUGGAAAGGGCGCAGAAAACGGGGCAGCGUACUCUAAAGUGCGUGCUUCCCUCUGCCUUGUCUGCCGUGACACAGACUGGCAGCGUGGGCAUUGCCCUGCGCGGUCUGGCCCUGUCAGUCGACAUGGCCGAUCGUGGUGCGGCCCGCCAAUCCCCGUUGAACGGAACGGCAAGCCCGCUCGUGGUAUUUCCCUCAUCGGAUCUAGGAUCUGGGAUCUGGGCUGUAGAGAUGCCUGCCGUGGUUCUGGAGCGCAACUAUGCGAAAGCGACUGCGAGCGUGAAGCGGUCUGACCUCAGAAUGGUGAGAUCGAUGUCGGCUGACAAGCUGGGCGCUCAAGAGUGUUACGUGUGUUGCAGCAUUACAACAGAUUUGGUCUUUGGACGUUGUUUCUCAGGCGCUUGGCCACUGCCCAAGAUCUGCAAAGGUGUGCUCAAGUCGAGGGUGUGCCGUUUGCCCGUGGUCUUUGUUGGUAGCGGGAAGACCUGGCGGGAAACAGCGGGGUUGCCCGUGAGAGGAACAAGCCAUGUGGAGACUGGAAGCGGUGGUAUCCACCUACAGUUGACAUUCAUCACGUGA